CCUGGGUGAUGUUUCCACCCUUGUUGCCGUUCUGAUUCGGGAGCACUGACAUGCUUUGGCACAGGGUAUGAAUGACCAGACGUGGCCCAGGACCUAGGAGAACAAGGCCAACAACCCAGCCCUAUCCUAGAGGAGGGUUACUGUUCCUUUAAAUGUGCUCGCUGAAUGGGCUUCUGUUUUUAUUGGCUGCUUAUAGUCACACCCAGAGGGAAGGGGAAAGAGGGCUAAGCUAGCCAGAGAAUCAGUGUGGGAAAGAGCAACACAAAGUGCCUGCAAAGGGAGCUUUUUGCUAAAUACCUAUUACAGGUUAGACCAGUUCAGCCAGAGAGGAAGAGGGGGCACGGGAGCCCGACUGGGCAACCGAUCCCCGACUGACUGGGGGAGUCGAAAGGAAGUGAGCUGAGCUCCUGCAGCGAGUUGCUGGCAUGGCGGGAGACGAAGAGAAUUAUUAUGGCAAACACGGGACGCCACAGAAAUAUGACCCGUCAUUCAAAGGUCCCAUUCAUGACAGGAGCUGCACUGACAUCAUCUGCUGUAUCCUCCUCGUCAUUGCCAUUGUUGGCUAUGUCAUUGUGGGAAUCAUAGCAUGGACAUACGGUGACCCCAGGAAGGUGAUUUACCCCACAGAUAGUCGCGGGCAGUUCUGUGGCCAGCUGGGAACUCCCAAUGAGAACAAGCCUUUCCUGUUUUACUUCAACAUCCUAAAGUGCGCCAGCCCCUUGGUGUUGCUGGAGUUCCAGUGUCCGACCAAACAGAUCUGUGUGAAUAAGUGCCCAGACCAGUAUCUCACGUACCUGAAUGCCAGGAAACAACCCAAAGACUUUGAGUACUACAAGCAGUUCUGCAUCCCAGGGUUUGACAAUUCGAAGAAGAGUCUCCCAGAAGUGCUGAAGGAUGGAGACUGUCCGUCCGUGAUCACUCCCAGCAAACCCUUGGCGCGCAGGUGUUUACCAGCAAUCAACACCAAGAAAGGUGUCGUCAUGGUUGGGAAUGACACAACCUUUGAAGAUGGACUGGGACAACGAAGGAAUGUGACAGAGCUGGUGGAGGGGGCCAAAAAAGCAAACGUGGUUCUGGAAGCAAGACAACUGGCCAUGAAGAUCUUUGAAGAUUACACGGUUUCCUGGCACUGGAUAAUAAUAGGUCUCGUGAUUGCCAUGGUGUUCAGCUUCAUCUUCGUUGUCCUGCUUCGCUUCCUUGCUGGGAUCAUGAUCUGGGUUAUGAUUGUGCUGGUGAUCUUGGUGCUCGGAUAUGGAAUUGUCCACUGUUACCUGGAAUAUGCCCGUCUAAAAGGAGAAGCAGGCUCUGAUGUUUCCCUGAAGGAUCUGGGAUUCCAGACGGAUCUGCGUGUCUAUCUCCACCUGAAGCAAACGUGGUUGGCCUUCAUGAUUAUCCUGUGCAUCAUGGAGGUGAUCAUCAUCCUGUUACUCAUCUUCCUCCGCAAGAGGAUCCUCAUUGCCAUUGCGCUCAUCAAGGAAGCCAGCAGGGCUGUUGGUCAUAUCAUGACGUCACUGGUGUUUCCUCUGUGCACCUUCUUCCUGGUGUGUCUCUGCGUUGCUUACUGGGCCAGCACCGCUGUUUUCUUAUCUACUUCUAAUGAGGCUGUCUACAAGGUGUUUAACGAUACGUCUAAAUGUGAUUAUGCUGGGCAGACCUGCAUACCAGAGACAUUCAAUAUGACCAACAUCACCAAGCAGUGCCCAGAUGCCCGCUGCCUCUUUGCAUUCUAUGGGGGAGAGACGGCCUACCACAAAUACCUCAUCAUCUUCCAGAUCUAUAAUGCCUUUAUGUUCUUCUGGCUGGCCAACUUUGUGAUUGCGCUGGGCCAGGUCACGCUAGCCGGAGCCUUUGCUUCCUACUAUUGGGCCUUCAAGAAACCUGAUGACAUGCCGGCUUUCCCCCUCUUCUCCUCCUUCGGCCGGGCACUCAGGUAUCACACUGGCUCGUUGGCCUUUGGGUCUCUGAUUCUUGCCAUUGUCCAGAUCAUCAGGGUCCUUCUGGAGUAUCUGGAUCACAAGCUGAAAGCUGCUGAGAAUAAGUUUGCCAAGUUCCUGCUGGCCUGUCUCAAAUGCUGCUUCUGGUGCCUGGAAAAAUUUAUCAAGUUCCUGAACAGGAAUGCAUACAUCAUGAUUGCCAUCUAUGGCACCAACUUCUGCACUUCAGCCAAGAAUGCAUUCUUCCUGCUCAUGAGGAACAUUAUCAGGGUGGCUGUUUUAGAUAAAGUCACAGAUUUUCUGCUCUUCCUUGGUAAACUCCUCAUCGUGGGAAGUGUUGGAAUCCUCGCCUUUUUCUUCUUCACCCAGCGGAUAGAUGUGGUUCAGGGCACUGCACCUACUCUCAAUUACUAUUGGGUCCCUAUCCUGACUCUGGUCGUGGGCUCCUAUCUCAUUGCACAUGGAUUCUUCAGCGUCUAUGCCAUGUGUGUGGACACCCUCUUCCUUUGCUUCUGUGAAGACCUGGAGAGGAAUGAUGGAUCUCCUGAGCGACCUUACUACAUGUCCCCCGAGCUGAGUGAAAUCCUGCUGAAGGGGAGCCUAGAAUCAUCCAAAAGUGCUGAUAGCCAAGGAUAGGGCUCAACUUUCUGAGCAGGGAGGGCACGCACAUGUGGGUGUCUUGUAGAAGACUUGUGCUCACCCAGACAAUCUGUAACUGUGUGGCAUUCUUCCAAGGCUCCACCCUGGUGGUGCUUGAUUUUCAGCUGCUUGUCUUUGGAAUUCUUGAGGGUAGAGGGGGUUUUGAUUUUGGAAGGACAGUGCAAGUGGGUGAAUGCUGAAUCAAAUCCAUGUUCCUUCCCCCUAACUAAUAUUCUUGUACCAAAAUGGGUGGAACUGUAAUUGGGACUCUUACGCAUUUGACAUAAUCAUCUCCUAGAAUGAAGCUCGAGUCCCACCUAUCCAUUGAUGCAUGAUAGCUAACAUUUUGCUAACCUAAGCAACGAGACUCUUGCCUCCACAGAAGCCAAAGUUGGGUUUAUAUAUACACAGGAUAGUGUAUAUCUCACUCAUUAAAAAAAUUACUUUGCAUCCUCCUCUACUCUCAAUUGCCUAUAAUGAAAGGGGCAUUAUCGCUACUUCUGGAAUGUCCCUUAAAAGUUGACUGACUUGCUCUGUCCUGUUCUAUGCUCUAUUUGUGGGGAAGCUGUUUCUCUUUGCAGUUGGCGAGAUGCUAAUUUGUAGAAUGAUCAAGAAGUUUACAGCUGCCCAUAUGUCAAUCUGUUCUGGAUACAACUAUAUUUUCCUCUUUAUUGCUCAGCCCCAAGCUGGCUGCAAAGAGAAAUUAACCAUUUUUCUCACUACUAUUUCUAUGCAAAAUGUAGCUGGCAGAUCUGAAGUUUUCUUUACUAGGUGGCAUAUGCUUCACUUUCAAAUCUGUUGUUGUGUCCAUGAGGGUCCUGGAAACCUUUGUGUCCCAAAAUGGAAUUCGCUCUGUUUAAAGUAGGAAACUUGUAGUUGCUGUUUUCUCACACUGACUCUUCAGAGAGGUUAUUUUUGGAGAAUGAACAAGUUGGCAGGAAUUUUUUUAAUAUAAUUUUUUUAAAGUUGAAAAAUCUAAUUGAUCUUUUCACUCGUAUGUACAGCUUGACUUGUAUAGAAUUCUUUUAGUCUGUCUCCCACUUCCUGGUUAGCUACUCGCUUAACUAGUAACUAAAUGGAAGAUGGCAGAGCUUUGUGGUAACCGGCUUACAGAACUCUGCUCAAACCUGAGGUAGUUCAGAUGAUGAUUGUCCCAUUUUUCCAUGAGAGAGAAGAUGGAGGGGGUAAAGCAGCUUUCCAGGGUUAUAGCCUCCAGGUGUUUCAAAUAAGAUCCUGGCACCUUCUUAGCUCACAGCCCAGUGCAGUCAGGACAGUUGGGUAGAAAAUAACUGAAGCUGAGCUACACAGAACAGAAAGGGACUCCCAAAUAGGUUCUAUGAUUUCCUUUUAGCCACGAGACCAUCCAUCAAGUCUAGAUGCCACAAGAAUCUGUGAUUGUGUACCCAGUGUUAAUGACUGGAAGAGCAAGAGAAAAUGGCAGAUAUUACAUUUGGGAGGUGUUGCAGCAUGAUGGUGGACAGAAAUAGUACAACUGAAUCUAGAGAGGUUUGACAGAUGGCCAGUUUUUAAAGUUUUCGGCAUCUAAACAUAUGCCCGCAAACGCCCGAUGGAGCUUCACCUUAUUUUCUCCUUACUAUAUCAAGGACCAGAAGGAUGUUGUGUGGGGUUUGUUGCCUUAUUUUGAUUGAUUUAGGAAGGGUCUCUUCCUUGAGGACUCAAUUCUGCAAACACUGCCAAAUCUUGCAUUACAAAUUCCCAUCCAAAUAAGGUUCCCAUAUGUUGAGUCUUAUCCUUUUAGGAAAAAGUUGCUGGGUUUUGAUGCUAAUGCCCUCAUCACUAUGCCAUCAACCUCAAAAUAUUCCAGGACUGUUUCACUAAGCUAUGAAGCUGAUAGUCUCUGUGAUUUUUGGCUGUUAUUCUCCUAUGACUUUUGCUGGAGCUGCUGCUGUGCUUUGAACAGCUAGCGACUGAACAAUAUAUUCUGUGCCAGGGACAUGCCUACUUAUUAUGUAUAUACUGUAUGUUGACAAGGGUAUUGUACACUAGGUGAACUGUGCCAAACAAAUAACAAGUGACUUGCUUUACAAUCAAGUCAUGAGCAGUUACGCUAUACUGAAGAACAAUGAGUGAGCACUCUUGCCACACUAUCCUGAAGUAAUAGUAAUCUCUGUAUUUCCAGGCAAUGGCAGUAUUGAGGAACCUGUUCUGUUCAUAUAGGAGGAACCCCUGUCUUAGCUGAUUUGUAACCUAACACUUUAGACCCCCUGCUCCUUCCAAAUAGAUGUUGAUAAACAGCCUCCCUUCCGGAGUCCAAUACUCUGUCUUUAAAAUGGGAGUGGUACAAGUGUGUAAUUGUGACUUUUACAUUUGGAAGCUGCAUACAUCAAGGGCUUUAGAAGAAAGACAGACAGAAUACACAUACCUGCACUGCCUGUGAGAAGCAGAAGGGCAUCCACAUCUCAACUGGGUAUUUAAUGGAUGAGUAUUACAUCUGUUCUUUUAGCACUAGUCUGUCUCUAGACUUCUUAACUGCACCGUCUAUGACCAUCACAGGAACCACAGCAACUUUCCCCAGCAUCCAACUCAGUCUGAAUUGUGAAAAGUUUGUGCAUGUAGAUGUGAGAGCACCUGCUGUUUAAAUGGCACUGAAAACAAAUUUAUUCCUACGGGGCUUGGCAAGCCCAGUAACUGGUUCUAGUCUGAGGUGUUUACAACCCUGCAGUACUUAAGCUCUGAAUUUUAACCCCUGCUCCUUCCCCC